GCCAGGUUGCAGAGUGGAUUUACAGAUUUUACGUUUUAACACCAGGAAACUCAAUUUGGGAUACUUUUCAGAUGUGCUUAUUUUUUUCACGAGUUUUUUCCCCAACCAGUGUGUCAGCGUUUCUGCGGUUGUGCAGGCGCCGGACUGCUACUUAUUUUUCCUUUUCAAAAAGUUGCUGCCUAACUUUUUUUUGUGUGUGUUUGGUCCACCCCUGUCCCCUCCCACACACACACACACACACUUCAGUGGAACGGGUUUCUCCCAUUUGGUUCUCAGAGUCUCAGGGAGAAAGGGAACCGCUCCUCGUCCCGGAGAAAGUUGAAACUACUUUUUUUUGUAUGUGGAAAGUUUAUAUUUUUUCCCCUCGGAGUGAGUGAACGAGUCCGGGGCCCAAUGUGAAUCUCUCGCUGGCCCGGAGAGGGAGGAAUACCGUAUAUAUUUAUGAAUUAAAGAGCCUGCGAUCCGUCUUGAGAGAAAGACACAGAGAGAGAAAAAAUGCGAGGAGCGGGUCUGCUGUUUCUUUGCAUGUGGGUCAACAACUGUUUGUCUCAGCCCACCGAGCCUCCAGCCACAGAAGACGUGGGCUUCCUGCAGGAUCCGGAGGGCAUCGUAUCCUCCCAGGGGAAGCAGGUGAAGCUGCGUUGCUCCAUCAAGGUGUCGGAUGAGCUCCCCACAAUAACGUGGCAGCGAGACGGCACUCAGUACGUGGCGAACGUCAACCAGGUGCUGCUCCCGCUCAGUGACACCGAGUGGCUGGCCAUCAGUGAGCUGAGUAUUCCCUCCAUUCACCGUUCCGAUGUUGGGAGUUACCGAUGCGUUGCUUCAGUCAAAGGGAAAAAAAUUGUCUCCAAGGAAGCACAACUGGACACAGAAGGUCUGCCCCACUUUACAGAGGAGCCGCAGGACCUCAACGUGUUUGGGGACGUGCCCUUCAACCUCAGCUGUGGCGCGGCGGGAUCGCCCGGCGUCCAGGAGCUGGUGUGGCUGCAGGAUGGGAGUCCCGUGCUGCGCAAGGAGAAGACGGAGGCCACCUCCCCUUCCACCCUGACUGUGCAAGGACUGCAGAAGUCAGCGGCUUUCCGGUGCGAGGCCCACAACGCCAAGGGAGUCGCCACGUCUAGGACGGCCACCAUCAAAGGUAGGCGCUCCCCUGCAGUGCCGGGGGUUCACCAGAAGGGUGCGGCACUGACGUCAGUCCUGACCAACCAGGCCGACGGUGGCAGCAGCCGGGAGGUCUACUUUGAGGACAUCUCCGUCCCGCCGUUCAGACAUGUGAUCCGCGGCCUGGUGCCGUACACCAGCUUCAUGAUCCACCUCUCCUGUAGCACGGGCAUCGGGCGAUCCCGCUGGAGCGAGUGGGUGACGGUCGCCACCUUCGAAGGAGAGCCGGACGUGGCUCCAGACAACGUCACCUUCCGGUACAAUGGCAGCACGCUGACGUUCCAGUGGAUGGAGCCUUCCGUAGGCCUCAACGGGGUUCUGCGGGGGUAUAAGGUGGCGUACCAGAACCAGGAUGAUGCCGAGGUGAUUGUGGACAAUGGGAUGAGAGAGAACAUCACGCUGGAGGUGUUACUGCCCGUUACCAACUUGAGCGUGCGGGUGGCGGCUUAUACUAGGGCUGGUGACGGACCCUGGAGUCACCCCGUCUCCGUCAACCUGUUCGACCCAGAUAGCCCGAGGGAAACAAAGCACCCAGUUGGACCGGCCGGCAGUAGGGGCUUCUCCUGGCACUGGUGGUACGUGGUGAUGGCAGGCGCGGUGGCCGCGACCUGCGCUGCUUGCUUCGCCGUGCUGGUGGUCCGUCGCAGGAAGAAGGACACUCGCUACGGAGAGGCGUUCAAGCCCAUGAUCGACAAAGGGGAGCUGGUGGUGCGUUACCGAGUCCGCAAGUCGUACAGCAGACGGACUACCGAGACCACCCUGAACACUCUGGGGAUCAGCGAUGACCUCAAGGAGAAACUACAAGACGUGAUGAUUGACCGGCACAGGUUAGCCCUGGGCAAGACCCUGGGAGAAGGGGAGUUUGGCUCGGUGAUGGAAGGACAACUAAACCAGGACGACUAUUUUCUCAAGGUUGCCGUGAAGACCAUGAAAAUUGCCAUCUGUACACGGACUGAAAUGGAGGACUUCCUCCGAGAGGCCGUCUGCAUGAAGGAGUUUGACCAUCCCAACGUCAUGCGUCUACUGGGGGUGUGUCUCCAGAACAACGAGAAUGAGGGCUACCCCUCCCCCGUGGUCAUCCUGCCCUUCAUGAAGCAUGGAGAUCUCCACAGCUUCCUGCUCUACUCUCGGCUGGGCGAGAACCCUGUGUACCUACCGAUGCAGAUGCUGAUUAAGUUCAUGGUGGACGUUGCCCGGGGCAUGGAGUACCUCAGCAACAAGAACUUCAUCCACAGGGACUUGGCUGCACGCAACUGCAUGUUGAAUGAAAACAUGAACGUCUGCGUGGCUGACUUUGGGCUCUCCAAAAAGAUUUACAACGGCGAUUACUACCGGCAGGGCCGGAUCUCGAAGAUGCCGGUGAAGUGGAUCGCCAUCGAGAGCCUGGCGGACCGGGUGUACACCAGCAAGAGUGACGUGUGGUCGUAUGGGGUCACCAUGUGGGAGAUCGCCACCCGUGGUCAGACCCCGUACCCCGGCGUUGAGAACAGCGAGAUCUACGAUUACUUGCGGCAGGGCAAUCGCUUGAAGCAGCCGCCCGACUGCCUGGAUGCGCUGUAUGAACUGAUGUAUUACUGCUGGCAACUCAACCCCAGAGAGCGGCCCACCUUCGAGAUCAUCUGCUGCCAGCUGGAGAAGAUUCUAGAAGACCUGCCACCCCCCACGGACCCGGAGGAGAUCCUGUAUAUCAACAUGGAGGAUGGGUACGGGAAGCGGGACAGCGGCUGCGAUCAAGGGGCGGUGGGAGGUCGUGACCUGGAGGAGUGCCUGAAGGAGUCGGACCUGCUGUUCUCCAAAGGCCCCACCGCCACCACCUUGGCCGACGUCCACCAGGCGGACGCCAUUGACCGCUACGUCCUCUGCCCGCCCGCCGAGACCGCCCGCCUCAUGGCCAUGGCCUCGCUGCCCGUCCCCGGCGACCAGUGCUCGCCCGGCGAGGACCUCCUGCUGAUGGAGGCGUGCGGGAAGGAGCUCAAGCAGGCUCGGCGGCUCCCUCUGCGUCUACAGGGGCUGCCCCGUCCCUCUCAUUCACCCCAUCCCCCUUCGAGCGGUGGCUGCCAGCAGACUCUUUGCCACUUGGACCUGAAUGGGACGCGGAACAACCUCCUGGCACAGGAGCCUCAGCAACUAGGCCCCGUUGUCAUGGACAACUGAUCCAAUGAACCGUGUUCCCAAAUCCAAUCCAGUGGAUGCAAAAUCCGCUCGCAUUCCGUGAAUUCCGCUUGUCUUACGCUUGUCUUCCAUUUCCUCGUGGGCGGAGCUGAAGGGACGGGGAGCCUCCAGUAUCUUUCUCCAGGGUCCACCAUUCGCCAGGAACUGAUGUCCUCUCUCCACCUUCCAGCAUCCUCCAUCAUUGCCUCUACGCCCAGGACCAUCGGAUGCCCACCAUCUACACGCCUCGUAGACAUUUAUUCCAAGCCCAAGUCAGGCAUCUAACGUUUGAAUGUGUACAUGUGAACUCCUGAGGUGAAAGGUCAAAGGGUUAAGAGUUUGGGGGGGUGGGGAAGGGGGGGGGGGGGGGGGGGGGGGGUGGGGGGGGGGGAUAUCUUGGGUCUAUGAACCUUACUCCAGGCUUGAUAGCUUUUCUACAUGGCAAUGGGAAGCAUCAAUAUAUGAGGAUUUAUAGAGAGGGCAAUAGAUGAGAAUCCUUUUCUUAAAAUAUUUAUAAUAUGACUGAGAAUGACAGGGAUAAGCCUUUUGUACUGCAUGGAACAUAGACAAUAGACAAUGGGUGCAGGAGUAGGCCAUUUGGCCCUUCGAGCCAGCACCGCCAUUCAACAUUCAACAUGGAACAGUACGGCACAAGAACAGGCCCUUCGGCCCACAAUGUCUGUGCCGAACACAGUGCCAAGACCAUCUGUGUUACCUGCCUGUACGUGAUCCAUACCCCCUCCAUUCCCUGCAUAUCCAUGCGCCCAUCCAAAAGACUCUUAAAGGCCACUAUCGUAUCUGCCUCAACCACCAAUUAUUGCAGUACGUUCCAGACAUUCGCCUUUCUCUGUGUAUAAAAAUAUGGCUGCGAACUGGAGACAGAUCUGGGCACCUAAGUUCUGCGUAAAUGUUAGUUGUCAAGCAUUUUCCUGAACCUCCCACCUUUGGUGAAGCCGGUGAACUCAAAGUUGGCCACCUUUCACCUGAUAGACAAUAGUCAAUAGACAAUAGGUGCAGGAUUAGGCCAUUCGGCCCUUCGAGCCAGCAUUGCCAUUCCAUGUGAUCAUGGCUGAUCAUCC